AUGACUUUCUCAAAGACUCCAUGUGGACUUUUUUUCGUUCUUGCCUUGGUGUUUUUAACUUUAACAGUCGUUUUGAAAAAAUGGCACUUUGGUCUACGUGAGGAAGCGGCUUUUGGUGAUGAUGCUCCAGAGCGCAACAGAUUGCUCCAACAACUCCAGGAAAGGCACCAAGAACUUGAUCAACUUUACGUCACAUCAUCAGACGGAUUUAUGAAUCCACAUUUAUCUAUAAAUGACAGUAUAGAUUAUAUCAAUGGAGAAAUGAGUGCGGACAACACUGUAACUAUUAAUGAAACGGACAUUGGUUGCGAAGAACUUGCUGGCAUGAAAGCUGUUGACUUCCUUGGUUCGGGUUACACUAAAACAGUGUUGAAAGUAGCGUUACUUCAAGGAUUGUUCGUAGCGCUGAAAUCUGUGAAUCAUCAAGGCACUGACAUGAGGAUGUGCAUGGACGAUUUUAAAGAUUCACAGAGGUGUCUUGAGUUCGUAUCUUUCAAACUGAGGAAAGAGAUUGCACUGUUGCAGAGAUUGCAGCACCCCAAUAUUGUACAGCUGAAAGGUCAGUGUCAGGACAGUGCUCUGGUUGGUGGCAUCACAGCAGUUCUGGAGCAGGGGACGCCACUUCAGAUGAUACAGCUCCUGCAGAGCCCCUGGGAGGAGCGCUUUCGGGUAUGUCUUGGCUUAGUGAGACUUCUUCAGUAUCUGUCUCAAUCGCCGCUGGGUUCUGUGGCCCUGCUGGAUUUCCAGCCUCGACAGUUUGUUAUGGUGUCAGGAGAACUCAAGCUAACUGACUUGGAUGAUGCAAGUAUUAAAGAACCAGCCUGUCGAGAGGACUCCGACUGUGGGCUGCAGUUUCCCCUCCGCAAUUUCACCCUCCGAUGCUCCCCCUCUAGAAUUUGCGAAGGUUUGAAUGAGAUGAGGAAUCUCUACAAUGCCUACAGGUAUUUUUUCACCUACCUGCUGCCUCAUCAGGCCCCCUCACAGCUGAAACCUCUUAUUCACCACAUAAUGAACUCCACAAGGGAUUUGAAGCAAAGCAUUAAUGAAACACUGAUUGCCUUCGAAGAGGUUUUGCAUAUGUACCAGUCUGGGCUACACCUGGAGAAUUUGCCACCUUCAAUAACCAGAGAUUAUACUCUCCUGAAAGGAAUGAGGAGUGUUGGAAAUAUGGAAUACAGAUGCUGGCCAUCAUACAACCAGCAAGGCUGUGUGCUAACUGUGCACAGUGCCAAAGAGGCAGCUCUCAUCUGUAGCUCUAACCCACAGUGCACAAGCUUCUCUUUGAGCGAUGAAAGAACGUGGACUGGUCGACUUCUUGCCUCUUUCAGAAGUGGCUUCAGCCAUCUGGUUCCAGAUAUAAACUCAGCAGUCUACAUGAGGAGGGUUAAAGCCUUGGGAGCCGUGCCUUGAGAAAGAAAAAUCAAGCGGAACUAGGGGGAAGGGCAAAAAUUUGAGACAAAUGAAUGUGUUAUAUUUAUAGGCAUCUUACUCAAUGCUUGUUUGAUCCGCAUACUACCAAAGAGCAUUUAAAAGGAUUUCCCUUCAGGUAUACGUAAUUAACCUGAAAGAAAAAAAGAAAAAAAUACAGCCUUCUAACUUUAUUAUUUUCCUUCAGUCUUGCGUUUACAUGGCACGGUCCACUGAAAGGACAUUUAGUCUAUUUUACGCUGGCUAAUGCCUGCAGGAGAAAAAAGAAAACAAGCACUUUCACAGAUUUACUUUGAUGUUAAUGAGGCUAGAAGUUUGCAGCAUUUUGCUGAAUGCCAGAAUGUGCUGAGGACCGUGUCAAUAGGCGGAAAAGUGCUGGAACCACAGAAUUGGUAGAGGAAUGUUUAGUGGGAACUAUUUUCCUUCCUGGAUUACUUUAUAUAUAUACACUGAUCAGCCACAACAUUAUACAAUAGCAUUCUGAGAUAUAUUCUUCUCACCACAAUUGUACAGAGUGGUUGUCUGAGUUACCGUAGACUUUGUCAGUUUGAACCAGUCUGGCCAUUCUCCGUUGACCUCUCUCACCAGCCCAUCUGGCACCAACAAUCAUUCAUGCGAUUAUCUAAUCAGCCAAUCAUGUGGCAGCAGUGUAGUGCAUAAAAUCAGGCAGAUAUGGGUCAGGAGCUUCAGUUAAUGUUCACAUCAACCAUCAGAAUGGGGAAAAAAUGUGAUAUCAGUGAUUUGGACCAUGGCAUGAUUGUUGGUGCCAGAUGGGCUGGUUUGAGUAUUUCUAUAACUGCUGAUCUCCUGGGAUUUUCACACACAACAGUCUCUAAAAUUUACUCAGAAUGGUGCCAAAAACAAAAAAA